CCGCGGGGUAACUGAAGCACCCAGUCUGACGCGGGCUGGGGGUGCUGAGGGGUGCAAGCGCCCCGAGCGCAGGCCGAUUCCCCGCCGCCCAGGGAGCCAUGUGCUCCGACUCCGGUCUGGGCCGCGGGGGAGGCUGCGCGCUUUGUGUGAACUGCUGGGAAUGCAGCGUGAGCGCUCGCCCGGGGGAGUGUCCGGCCGAGCUGUGGGAGUUGUCAGAAAGUUCGUGCGGGAGUGGCUGCAGGUCGGCGCCGUCCAGUGUGUAGCAGGGUGCUCCGAGUGGUGUGUUGAGAGGGUGCUGCCGCAGGCCAGUUAGGGCCUUCCCGAGACACCAUGUCAGACAGUGACCUGGGUGAGGAUGAAGGCCUCCUCUCCCUGGCAGGCAAGAGGAAGCGCAGAGGGAACCUGCCCAAGGAGUCAGUGAAGAUCCUCCGGGACUGGCUGUACUUGCACCGCUACAACGCCUACCCCUCAGAGCAGGAGAAGCUGAGCCUUUCUGGACAGACCAACCUGUCAGUGCUGCAGAUAUGUAACUGGUUCAUCAACGCCCGGCGGCGGCUUCUCCCAGACAUGCUUCGGAAGGAUGGCAAAGACCCUAACCAGUACACCAUCUCCCGCCGAGGGGGUAAGGCCUCAGAUGUGGCCCUCCCCCGUGGCGGCAGCCCCUCAGUGCUGGCUGUGUCUGUACCAGCCCCCACCAAUGUGCUCUCCUUAUCAGUGUGCUCAGUGCCGCUCCACUCAGGCCAGGGAGAGAAGCCAGCAGCCGCCUUCCCACAAGGCGAGCUAGAGCCCUCCAAGCCUCUGGUGACCCCUGGUAGCACACUCACCCUGCUGACCAGGGCUGAAGCUGGAAGCCCCACAGGUGGACUCUUCAACACACCACCACCCACACCCCCUGAGCAGGACAAGGAGGACUUCAGCAGCUUUCAGCUGCUGGUGGAGGUGGCGCUACAGAGGGCUGCUGAGAUGGAGCUCCAGAAGCAGCAGGACCCAUCGCCCCCAUUACUGCGUACUCCCAUUUCCCUAGUCUCUGAAAACCCCAAGUAGGCAUUUGCCAACAAGGGUGCUCGAGGCUCGAGCCAGCUGUCCUGGGUUUCCGUUUUGGUUCCCUUUCUUACAGAGGGUUUUCUUUGGAUCACUGCCAAACAUCGGAUCAUCUCCUCUGUCCAGAGGUCUUCAGCAGGAAGACGCCAACUGGUGUCCCUGCGCUGUGAUGGGACCUCUCCUCUGCUGACUCUGCCAUUUCUCCAGGCCUCCUCAGUGAUGAGACCAAGAGAUCGGAGACAGGCAUGGUGCUGCUGCUGCUUCUUCAGAGAAUCCCCAGGACACCUUUGUUCCAGCCUGCUUUCCUGGGCUGGGCACAGGAACCCUGCCAAGUUCAGACCAGAUCUAUGCUGGGUCCAAGUUGCCCCAGACAGGGCCUCUUUUUGUUAAGCCAAGUGUGGACAUUCCAAGUUCAUAAGUGAACAAAAGAGGAACCCAGAAGAUGUAACAGAACCGACUCCACCUGAAUGUUUAGGUUUUUGCUAAACUUUGUGUUUAUUUUCCCCUCUUUGCUGUGGUUUGCAUUAAUGGGAGUAGUUAGCCCAGGUGUGGGGAAUGAGAGUGCUUUUCGUGAUGGAGUCUGAUGAACUGGGAAUAAUCCACCACUGCGAUUGGUGAUUGUUUUACAAGGAAGGAGUAUUUUCAUUUGGGGGACCAGCUAAAUCUGUGAAAUUCCAAAUGGUUGUUUUAUUGUUGGUUUGGUUUACAAAAAAACAAAACAAAACUAUUAUGGGCUUUGGCUUCUCUGCAUCAUGCAUAGAAGGGGAUAAAGCCACAGCCAGUAAGAGGGUCCAACGAAGAAUCUGACCAAACCUUCUAGGUGUGGAGCAGAGAAGGAUGAUAAACAGAGAGGUGUAUUUUUUGGUUUGUUUUUGUUUUUACUGUAUUGUGGGGGUGGGGGAGGGGGAGGUAAGCUAGACUGAGGCAGUGGGAUGUUUUGUUUUGUUUUGUUUUCUCUUUAAUGUUUUCCCCUUCUCUAUCCUUGAAAGCUUCACCCUGCAGCCUAAGUCUUGAAUUCCUUUUAGGAACUUGGAUUAGUGGGGCCAGAAUGUCAAAAGCUCCCUAUAGCUCCUAUUUGGAGAGAAGUGAGCCAUCUACUGGUCAGGAAGCCCUUUUAGCUGACUCAGAUGGGCAGUUUUUCCCACCAUGGUGGCAGGAAACUAUUCCUGAGGAAGCAUGGAAUAGUGCCCUCAGCUGCCUGUGGAACUGCCUUCAGAGGAGGCUGGGGCUGGAAGUCAGUUACCAAUACUAUUCACUGUGAGUCCUUGUGUUGCACCUUUCUUUACAUUGGAGUCGCAGAAGCCUCUGCCCUGAACUUCACAGUGAAACAGAUCACAGUUAGUCUUACUCUCCUCCCUCCUUUUUUUUUGUGCUGUUUCAUUGCUGACAGCAAUAUACCCCACCUUUCUAGUAUAUCCUAAGAAACACUAAUCCUAGGUUAUUAGCUAAAAUAUUUUUGUUCUGAAUAACAUUGUUACUGGGCCAAACGACCCAUCAGGAACCCCAGCCUGUAGUUUCCUGAGGUUGCCAGGUUGGGCACUGGGGGAGAGUUUCUGGGUGUUGGCUGAUUUGGGUGGGCCUGGCCGGGAGAAAGGCAGCAACAUACUUUUUGUCCUUUCUGGGAUGAUCCCUGAAGACUUCAGGGAGGCUCCCCCAUUUCUGAAUGGCUUGGCCCACCCAUUGCUGUGGGAGUGGGGAUUGGUUAUUUAAGGAGAGGGAGCUUUGCUCUCUGAUGAUGGGCAAGUUUUCUAGGCUCACUCUUUUGCUUCCCCCGCUCCCUGUGCCUCUCCUCACAUGCCCUGGGGGGAUCAGGGAUCCUCACCCUCCUGAGGCCCAGCUGGGGAAGAAUGAACAUGGCAGCUUCAAGAUUAGUUGAAGCUGCUGUUUGCCCAGCCUCCUCCACCCCACCUGUGUCUGUGAGCCCAAGUCUGGUAUGACUGUUGCAAGACACUUGCAGCAGGGGACUCUACAAAUACAUUGGGCUAGGGUGGGAUUUUUCCCUUCCCACAGUGCACUGAGCAGUGGAGGUGGUAAGGGGUGAGGGAGCCAUGCUGCUGAAUUCUGGUUGGCAUUCCUGCCUUGUACAAGAUGAGGAGGCUGGGGGUAGGGCAGCGUCUGCUUGAUUUGGUUGUGAGAUAAACCUGGAGGAGAAGCACAGUUAUCCCGUUGAAUUAUUUGAGCAAAAAACUACUGUAAAUAACUUUUGUUUUUGUCUUUUGUCAAAUAAAGUUGUUUUUGGUUUU